AUGAAUAAAGCUCGAAUUGUCCAUGAACGAAUUGCAUAUAUGUUUACAGCACUAAUAUUUGGAGUUGUAGUUUGUAUAGGGUUUCUAGGUUUUUGGAUUAGAUCCAUUGUUUGGUUCGAAUAUAUUCGACAUGAUUGGCCUUAUUCAGAAAACAAACUUGCAAUUAGAUUAUAUCGAUUAGUUACUACUAAUACAGCUAUUGGUGCUAUUCUUCUUGGCUUAUUAUUGAUAAUUGGAUUAAUCAGAUUUUUAAGAUACAAAUUUGCAAUGAUAAUUCUCAUGUUUAUUUUUAUGCUUCUAUUUAUAACAUCACUACUAUGCCAUUCAGUUACAGUAGCAUGGACCCAAGGAAAUAAUUGUCAAAGAAUCAAAGAUAGGGGAUUAGAUAAAGGAAAAAGUAGAGAAGAUUACAUAGAAUGGUCAAAGCUGUUUGAUAGGACAGAAAAAUCAAUAUGGAAUAAUCAAUGUCCUAAAUCGGCAGAAAUAUCACUCGCAUUUUUAUGCGUAGAGAUGGUUGGCCUCUUGCUUCUUUUAAUAGUUACUUAUCCUCUCGCUUACCAUGUUAUUUCAGUUAUGAUAGAAUAA